UAAUGGGAUGGGGAUUCCUGUUGAAUUAACUAGCUUUGUUGGGAGAUCUGCUCUUUUCAAGAUUGAGGUUAAAAAUUUCCAAGGUCAGAGGUUUGACAGGUCCAGAUUUGAGACUUCAUAUCGUGUAAAGCGUGUCUGCACUGAUCAAUCGAUUAUUGAGCAGUUCAAAACAUUGCAGUUAGAUAACAGUGUUGGUGCCUCUUCAAGUCGUUUGCUGCUCACCCCUCAGUCUACUCUGAAUCCAGAAGCUGUGAAGCAUGAGGAAUUAGCGAAGGAUUUGUUGGAAGACUUUGCUGUUGUGUCCAAUGAGAAAGCCACCCAAACUGAAGAAUCUUUGGAAGGUCCUGCGAAUCAACCUGCUAUGUCAUUGGAAUCUCCAGCGAUUGAUCUAGCUGGAAAUACUCAAGACAUCAUCAGUCCUAAGAGGAGUCCUUCACCUGAGAACGAUGGUGUGUUGGUUUUGACGGGCAGGAAGAAGAAGGUGUUUCCAAAGAUGAGGAAGUAGAAGAAUUGAGACCUAUCAUAUUGACGAUGCAGUUGUUUUAAAUGUAUUUGGUGUAAUUUUAAGUUGUUAAGAAGCAACAUGUGGUUGCAGUGUCUUUUUUCACCUUAUUAUCUAUGUUAUGUUUUUAAAUUCCAGUCUGCUAUUUCAAUUGCUGUUGUUUGUUCCAAGAAAUACC